AGGAGUCGGACCCGACCCAUCAGAGAGGUCGUGGGUUUGGAUAUAUCUCUGGCAUCCUGGCCCGGAUCGUUGGAGGUAGUGGGCUUGGAUAUAUCUCUGGCAGCCUGGCCCGGCUCAUUGUAUCUGGACUGGAUAUCCAAAACUUCUCGGGUCUUUCUCUCUCGAAACCAUUUCAACUAACAGAGUUCCCGAUUGAAUCGAACAAGAUGGAGAAUUCAAGCAUCGUGUCAUACGAGACGCUGGAUGGCUUGGUGAAAUGGUUGGGCACGAGCGUGGCCUCUGCAUUCUUCGCUUCACUCGAACGUUUCUCGUGCGUCAACGUAACAACCUCCGACACCGACGACGAGGACGAUGAAGAGGCCAAAGUUCGCCCUCUCAUGCUCACCAAUCUUCAAGCGCCAAUCGAUAGCCCCACAACUGCGAACUAUCCUACCUCCGUCGAUAACCUCCCUGUCUGA